AUGACAGUCUUAGAACAAAAUGAAUCCGAAUCUGACAAAAAUGCUGCAAGUGAUGAUGAAUAUUCUAGUGAUGAUCGGUUGUUCCUAAAGUACAGUGAGGAGGAAUCUGAAGAAGAUGCAGAUGUUAUAGUGAAAAAAGUGCGUUUCGGUGGAGAAAGUGUAAAAAUACGGACGCCGGACAGUGAUAAUUUGUUAAAUAGUGAGGAUGAUUCAAACCAAAAUAAUUCUCGGAGUUUAUUAGAAAAACUAAAUGAAGAAGUAAGUUUACCAGACAGACCAUCCAUAUUAGAUAAAGCAAACGAAAUAAAACGAGAAGCUGUUGAAAGAGAAAAUCUUGCAGCUCCUAAAAAAAGUGGAAUACCGUUACCCGUAAUUCAAAAACAACGAAAAGGUUUGGCUAAUGUAAGCAGAAAUAAUAAUAGAUUAAAGUCAAAGUCUUUAAGUGAGUUGUACGAUUACUUUAACGGUAAUAAAAAGAAAAUGAUUGAAACGAAAUCGAAAGAAAGAACAGGUUUUGCCCUCACCCUUUCUGAAGUGAAAUCUCCUGAGAAGGUUUCUAGUCCUGUGGAACCACAUCGAGAAGUUGAGGUACUACAUAACUUACAACGGAGUCCCACCGUGUCCCCAAGACGACCACAAACACGCGUGACCGUUGAUACUGAUAGAUUCGUACUGGAUUUGAUCGCAUCUUCUCCUCCGGAAUCACUGCUUAUCUCUCCUCGGCCAUCAUCCCCCUUACAAUUACACUAUGAGUGGGAGGCCUUAGGUGUAGUACCAAAACACGUUGCAGAACAGUUGCAUAAUACGGAAAACUGGAUAGCAGCUGUAAAGGCAGCAGAUCAGCUCCACGGCGCAUUAUUGGAACCAGAUAACGUCGCUUUGCUGGAGACCGCUGCGCUAUCUCUUGUGCAACAUAUGUGGGCCCUUAGUGAUGCGAUACCAGCAACAAGAGCACCAGCAGAGGGAGUUGUGUGUUCAAUGGUUCGUAAUGCAAACGCUGAUUGCAUAAGGCAACUGUUGCCAGACUUGUUGCGCAGACUUUCAAGGGAACCAGCACCCGCUGCCUUACCCCAUGCUCUAUUGCUAAGGAUUGCAUUACAUCAUUUGGUUGAAUUAAUUUUCGACAAAAAUAUCAUCACGGAGACAGAUUUAAAUAAGCUGGAAGCCGCCCGCCUUCAAGCCACCAUAUGCCUAGCUAAGGCGGCGGGACCAGCUGCUGUUUUAGCUGCUGUCAGGCGUUGUUUAGCUGCCUCACCCGAUGCUGAUAUAUUUUGUUACAAAUUACGUGACAAAAUCAACAAACCGCUGGAAACCAUGCAAAUCCAUGUUUCGAGGACCUCUCAGCUUCCUGUACCGACCCGUCGUCGUCGAGCAAUGUCUACUCCGACCCCAGCUCCCAGGCCUAGAAGACUGAAGCCUUUACCAGACUCGGCACCAUCACUGGGUAUCUCUUCUCCAGGAAGAACUUUAGAAGUUAGAUCAAUAAAUACAAAACAAGAUACAAGCGCUAACAUAAAUUCAACGGAAAAGAUAAUAACACCAGUUAAAGAAAAGGACAAAACUGACGACUCUUCAACUUUCGAGAAACUUGAAAAUGAACCUGAAAUGACAUCACAAGCUCCCAGCACACCAUCAAUACAUGUCGAAGAUUUUUCUGAAAAGAGUCAAUCAUCGCCAAGUCUAACUGCGUCAAAUAUAUCAGAACAAAAAGAUAAUGAGUCGCAUCAGUCAGAUGAAGCUAUUUCGCAAAAAUCUGAAUCAAUAUCUAACAAUUCAGAAUCAGUCGACCAAAUUGAUUGUCGGCCAAACAGUGAAAAGUCUAUCUUAGAGCGCCGAAAAAGCUGUUUAUCCACAUCAUCGAUACGAAGCAUAUCUCUCGAAGAGGUUCCGCAGAGACAACAACGGGAUGUUCGUACUGCGCUGGCUGAGACAAUUAUACCAGCUCGGCAUGAAGAUUGGGAAGCUAUAAUAAGCGCAUUAACUGAAAUCGAAAGGCUCGCGAUGGAUGAAACAGCUCGAGCCCCGGCUGCAAGCUGGAGAUCAGUUGUUCGAACGGCUUCAACUCAUGUAAGAUCAUUACGAUCAAGAGUAGCUAGAGCUGCGUGUUCCACUUUAGGAACUUUGUUUGAGUUCCGAGGAAAAAUCUUAGAGUCAGAUGUCGAAGAAGCCGCUGGGGCAUUACUAGAACGGUGUGCGGAUGCCAAUAGAUUUUUACGCGCGGAAGCCGCAAAUGCACUUGGACGAGUAGCGUGUGGCGCCAGCUGUGCAAGGGCUGGGGUGGCUUUAGCCAGAAAAGGAGCUACACAUCGCGCGGGACCAGUAAGAGCGGCUGCAGCACAAGCUUUAACACGUUUAACAAGGCAUACAGGACCAUCGAAAAUUCUAGAACUCCCAUCUGAGCCACGUAUCGUCAUCCUGAGAGCUGCUGGCGAGCUUCUUGGUGAUGCCCACCCUGAGACCAGGCUACACGCCCGACAUUUGUGUAUUUUAUUGGCAGAAGACCCGCGUUUUCACCAAAUGCUCAAAGACUCAAUGACACUUAGCCGGUACCGUGCAAUCGAAAAAUAUGUGGAAAAAUUACGUUGCCGAUAGAUCCGCGAAAUAAGGUUUAUAAAUACUAACCUACCAAAUAAAGUUUACCCCACUGCCUUUAAUUACUGUUGUUUCGAUUUUAGAUGUUUUUAGCUCUAUAC